AUGGGGAGCAAUCAGACAUGGAUCACAGACGUUAUCCUGCUGGGUUUCCAGGUGGACCCAAGACUUGAAGUUCUCCUCUUUGGGUUCUUCUCACUGUUCUACAGCCUCACCCUGCUGGGCAACGGGGUCAUCCUGGGGCUCAUCUGCCUGGACUCCCGGCUGCACACCCCCAUGUACUUCUUCCUUUCCAGCCUGGCCAUCAUUGACAUGUCUUACGCUUCAAACACUGUUCCCAAGACCCUGGCAAAUCUUGUGACCCAGAAGAAAACCAUCUCUUUUGCUCCAUGCAUUCUUCAGACUUUCCUGUAUUUGGCAUUUGGCAUCCUAGAGUGCCUGAUUUUGGUGGUGAUGUCCUAUGAUCGGUACGUGGCCAUCUGCCACCCCCUCCAUUACUCUGUCAUCAUGAGCUGGAGAGUGUGCACGGCCCUGGCCGCCACUUCUUGGGUGUUCAGCUUCCUCUUGGCUCUGGUCCACGUGGUUCUCAUCCUGAGGCUGCCCUUCUGUGGGCCUCAUGAAAUCAACCACUUCUUCUGUGAGAUCUUGUCUGUCCUCAGGCUGGCCUGCGCCGACACUAGGCUCAACCAGCUGGUCAUCUUUGUGGCCUGUGUGUUUAUCUUAGUGGGGCCCCUCAGCUUGGUGCUGGUGUCCUACACACGCAUCCUCUUUGCCAUCCUGAGGAUCCAGUCUGGGGAGGGCCGCAGAAAGGCCUUCUCCACCUGCUCGUCCCACCUCUGCGUGGUCGGGCUCUUCUUUGGCAGCGCCAUCGUCAUGUACAUGGCCCCCAAAUCCCGCCACCCUGAGGAGCAGCAGAAGAUCCUUUCCCUGUUUUAUAGCCUUUUCAACCCCAUGCUGAACCCGUUGAUCUACAGCCUGAGGAACUCAGAGGUGAAGGGUGCCCUGAGGAGGUUUCUGGGGACAAAGAGAUCACUGGGAGGGAUGGUUUGGAGUAUUCUGAGUGUGUGA